AUGGCUCAGAGAGCCUGGGCCAGCAUGCUCCUCCACAGCCGCAGGACCCAGCUCCUCCUCGUCAACUCCCUGACGUUCGGCCUGGAGGUCUGCCUGGCUGCGGGGAUAACCUACGUGCCUCCACUGCUGCUGGAAGUGGGCGUGGAGGAGAGGUUCAUGACCAUGGUUUUGGGGAUAGGACCAGUCCUCGGCUUGGUUUUUGUCCCGCUGAUCGGAUCCGCCAGCGACCACUGGCACAGCAGCUAUGGCCGAAGGCGUCCUUUCAUCUGGGUGCUUUGCCUGGGCGUCCUGCUGAGCCUCUUCGUCAUCCCGCAUGCCGGCAGCCUGGCCAGCCUGUUCGCCCUCGACACUCGCCCGCUGGAGAUCGCCUUCCUCAUCCUGGGCGUCGGGUUGCUGGAUUUCUGCGGCCAGGUCUGCUUCACUCCGCUGGAAGCCCUGCUCUCCGACCUCUUCCAGGAGCCGGACAACUGCCGCCAGGCCUUCUCCAUGUACGCCUUCAUGAUCAGCGGGGGCUGCAUGGCCUGCCCCCUGCCAGCCAUUGACUGGGGUGGCAGCUUUCUGGCACCAUACUUGGGAGGGCAAGAGACCUGCAUCUUCAGCCUCCUUGCCGUCAUCUUCCUCGGCUGUGUGCUGGCCACGCUCUUUGUGACAGAGGAGGCAGCCACCCAGGCAGAUGUUCUGGAUGGUCCGGCGCUGAAGGAUGCUCCCCCUAAGCCCUCAGCUCCUGCCUGCUGCUCGUGCCAGCUCUCCUGGUGCUCGUGCCUGCUGCAGGCCAGGCACGUGAUGCAGGCCCUGAGAAACCUCUGCACGCUGGUGCCGCGGCUCCACAGCCUCUACUGCCGCAUCCCCAAGGUCAUCCGGCGCCUGUUCGUGGCCGAGCUCUGCAGCUGGAUGGCACUCAUGACGUUCAUGCUGUUCUACACAGACUUUGUUGGGGAAGGGCUGUACCACGGCGUCCCCAGAGCCAAGCCGGGCACGGAUGCCAGACGCCACUACGAUGAAGGUGUCCGGAUGGGUAGUUUGGGUCUCUUCCUGCAAUGUGUCACGUCCAUCUUCUUCUCGACAAUCAUGGACCGGAUGGUGAAGCAGUUUGGGACGCGAGUGGUCUACCUGGCCAGCGUGGUGUUCUUCCCCGUGGCUGCCUUCGUCAUGUGCCUUUCCCACAGCGUCAUCGUUGUCACCAUCUCGGCUGCUCUGACGGGCUUCACCUUCUCCGCACUCCAGAUCCUGCCGUACACCCUGGCAUCGCUGUACCAUCAUGAGAAACAGGUAUUUUUGCAUAAAUAUAAGAGCAAGGAGGAGGAAGACGCAGCUCAACUGGACAAGAAUUCAGCCUUCUCUAAAGGCCUCCUUUCCAGCCAGAAGGUGCCUUACCAGAAUGGACAUGCUGGGAGCCUCUUCUCUCCUUGCUCCUCUUCCUCCUCUCCUCCGGCCGCCGGCUCGGCUCUGUGCGUCAGCUCCUCCUGCGACGUCUCGCUCAUGAUGAUGGUGGGAGAACCGGACUCGGUGGUUCCUAGCCGAGGGAUCUGCCUGGACUUGGCUAUUUUGGACAGUGCUUUCCUCCUCUCUCAGGUUGUCCCCUCCCUCUUCAUGGGGUCCAUCGUCCAGUUUACGCAGUCGGUGACUGCCUACAUGGUGUCCGCUGCCAGCUUUGGCCUGGUAGCCAUUUACUUUGCAACCAAAGUUGUCUUCGAUAAGAGUGACAUGGCGAAGUAUUCGGUGUGA